UCUCUGCGUCCUUGUCCCCGCGUCUCUCACCCACUGCUGUUUCCUCUCCCCUGCUCCCUUGCAGGCGACCGGGCAGAGCAGCGCACCUGCCUGAUUUGCGGUGACCGCGCCACUGGCCUCCACUACGGCAUCAUCUCCUGCGAGGGCUGCAAGGGCUUCUUCAAGCGCAGCAUCUGCAACAAGAGGGUCUACCGGUGCAGCCGCGACAAGAACUGCGUCAUGUCCCGCAAGCAGCGCAACCGCUGCCAGUACUGCCGCCUGCUCAAGUGCCUGCAGAUGGGCAUGAAUCGCAAAGCAAUUCGCGAAGAUGGCAUGCCCGGAGGCAGGAACAAGAGCAUCGGACCUGUCCAGAUCUCUGAGGAGGAGAUCGAGAGGAUCAUGUCCGGGCAGGAAUUCGAAGGCGAGGCCAACAUCUCGUGGAGCAACAACGGAGACAGCGACAACAGCUCCCCGGGAAAUGGGGUCUCGGAGAGCAACCAGCCCUCGCCCGUCUCAACGCCGUCGUCAAGAUCUGUUGAGCUGAACGGAUUUGCUGCACUCAGGGAUCCAUACCUGGGGGGCCCGGGGCCCGCCCCCUACCAAUACCUCCCGCACCUUCAGAGCUGCCCGGCGCACUCGGCCCUGCUGCCCCCGCCCCCCCGGAGCCUCGACCCCCAGGCUCCCGCUCUCCUCAUCAGCCAGCUGGUCUCGGCCGAGGACCUGGACCCCCUCGGCACCCCCAUGCUCAUCGAAGACGGGUACAAAGUGACCCAGUCGGAGCUCUUUGCGCUGCUGUGCCGACUGGCCGAUGAGCUCCUUUUCCGCCAGAUCGCCUGGGUCAAGAAGUUGCCCUUCUUUGGCGAGCUGUCCAUCAAGGACUACACCUGUCUCCUGGGCUCCACCUGGCAGGAGCUGGCCCUCCUCUCCUCGCUGACCGUCUAUGGCCACCAGAUUUUCGGAGACCUGGCUGACGUCACCGCCAAGUACUCCCCGUCCGACGAGGAGCUCCAGAGGUUCAGCGAAGAAGGGAUGGAGGUGAUGGAACGGCUUAUCUACCUGUACCGCAAGUUUGGCCAGCUCAAGGUCGGCAAGGAGGAAUACGCCUGCAUGAAAGCCAUCAAUUUCCUCAACCAAGAUAUCCGAGGCCUGACGAACACCUCCCAGCUGGAGCAGCUGAACAAGAGGUGUUGGUACGUCUGCCAAGAUUUCAUGGAGUUCAAGUACCCGCACCAGCCGAACCGGUUCCCAGAUCUGAUGAUGUGCUUGCCGGAGAUCCGCUACAUUGCAGGGAAAAUGGUGAACAUCCCGUUGGAGCAGCUGCCUCUCCUCUUUAAGGCUGUUCUGCACUCCUGCAAGGCCAGCGUGAGCAAAGAGUGAGCAGCCGCCUCUUCCCCCCUCCCUCAGGAGUAAGAGGAGGGGGAGGAGGAGGCACAUGCCAUUGAUGGAAUGGCUGCAGCUGGGCAGUGGGUAGCCUUGCUGUUGCGGCAGGAAUCUUUGUGGGGUUGGUUGCUUGGUUUCCUCUGUUUUUCUUGUUCUUUUUACUAUUUUCCUAUGAUAUUUAUUUCACGACAAAGUUGAAUGUAUGAUCUUCAACCCCGUGCACAGCAUUCCGUCCGAAUGCAGCCAUUGAGUCCUCUCACAGUUUACAGAAUGUGAAGAUGUUUGUUAACAGUGUUUUUUAGGGUUAGACCUCUUUUUUUUAACCAGGGCUGGAGGCUGAUGACUUAAGACUACCUCAAGGAGAAGGUGCUGGGCUCCUCUCUUUCUGUGGGACCUGCACCCAAAGUGUUUGUUCUGUUGGGGCAGUCGGCCCUUCCUUGGAGGCCGGAAUCUGCUCUCCCCUAGAGAAGUGCCAAGUGCUGUGGCUGCCCCACUCCCCCCCCCUCUUCUCAAUUGGCUGCCCACAGAGCACCUCAGAUACACACCCCACCUGCUUGAGGUCCCUCUUGGCACUCCAGACCCAGCAGCCGUUAACCCCUCACUUUACCACAAAAGCGCAAGGUUGCAAGGAUGAUGGCUGAGUCUCAGCGGGUGAGAUGGCAGCCCCUUCCUCACAGUUUUGAGGGGUCUGCUCUAGACUUUCCCUCGCCCUGCCCCCCACCUGUGAAAGAAAGCUGGGACAAGCAGGGAGGCAGCUCUGUGGCCUUCAAAGGGGAAGUGAGUUUCCGGGUUCCCUCUGGACACCCCUUCAGACUGUCAUUCUUAGCCCUUGGAAAGGGGCCCUCGCAAGACUCGCCAGGUUGUGCUUGGUCUUUGCAUGGUGGGAGGCUCUCUCCCCUAUUCACACUCAGUGGGCUCUCCAGUUCCCAGAGGCCCCUCCUCCUCCUCCACCCAUGUCACACUCCUUCUUGGCUCCAUGCUUAACAGACGCUCACAGCAAGAGAGGCUUCUCUGUGAGUGUCUUCUUCUAAGGCCUUCAGGCGGGGGGUGGGAGCCCCACACACUGGCUAAAGCCGCAGUCGGCAGACACAAAGAGAGGCUGGAAAGGACUGACCUGAAUUAGCCCAUCUCACCUGUUCAGCCCAUCUCAUAAGCACACGCAGAGGCAGCCCCAGUGUUGCUGCCACGGCCAGCGCCCCCCAGCCUCGCUUUUUGCUGCACCCCACUGCACCCUGUUUACAUUUGGAGGCUUGGCAUAUUUCUAGGGGAGAUCCUGACACAGGUUGGCCUGGGAAGCGCAAGUGGGAAAGGCGACUGCAGCCUGAGCAUCAGGGAAACUCACAGGCCCCUCCCCACGGCCAGCCCCGCCUAGAGCUCCUUUGGACCCCUGGCAUUUGCUUUGUGGGUGGGGGGGGGAUGUCACCCACAGGGCUCUCUUUGCUUGACUUCCCCACACUCAACGCUGCUCUUGCUGAUUCCAGCAAGGUGAAACGGGUAAAUGGCCCUGCUGUGGCCAGCGCUCUGUGGCCUUUUGUGCGUCACAGACCGGUGUCACUGCCCUUUUGCUUUUUCCAUUGGUCCAAGUAGCAUUUGUAACCCCCCCUCCCCGCCACUUUGGAAAGCCUUCUGCUUUGACACGAUAUACCUCAAGGGGUGGGGGGGCGUGCAAGUGCUGCGUUCCCUAUCUGCCCUUCUGUCUGUCUGCCUGUAUGUUGUCUGUGUCGCAAAACUAGAAAGUGCUGCCUGCCAGGACAUUUGUGUUAUUUUUUGUGUUUUGUGUUUUGUUUUGUUCGGGGGGGGGGGGGAGCUGUCCACAAUACCUCUGAUUGACCCAUUCAUUACCUUCUGGUUUGCUCCUUUUACGUAGCAGGGAUUCUAUACAUUGCACAAGACUGCGGAGUCUAGCCCAUCACUCGGCAUUUCAUAGAAACCUCACAGAUCUGUGGCCGUGGGAUUUUCCAGGACCUCUCUGCUGUCCCCCCCCCUCCCCUCCUGCAUAUUUCAAAGGUGACUUGACUCAGGAAGGAGAGAGGCAUUGCAGACUGUGCAGGAGGAGGGGGGGUGGCUGUGUGAGAGGACUCUCCGCUGGCCAUUGUGUAAGGCCCCCCGCAUUCACAGCAUCCCUCCGUUGACACACCAAAGCCUCUGUUUAUCUCUGGGAGCAGGGAGAGCCAGGCUGAACUCAGGCUCAAGCCAAAGGCUAAUGCAGUGAGCCAGAAGGUAACUCAUUGGGCUGUCGUUAAUGCCUCCCGCAACCAAGCCCGCUGACGGCUUGUUUGGUUUUGAAACAGGGUAAAGUGAAUGUAAUGCUUUGCGGACUCAGGUAUUAUGUGAAGAAAAUAGGAACUGUAGCUUAGAGACGUAGGGACCGUAGGUCACUCAUGUAGAUGGAUUUGUGAAUUUGGUUUGAAGGACACUGUGCAAAGGUUGGAAUUCUCUUUCUGUGCUAUCUUUUGUUCAAUGGUCAUUUUGCAAAAACAAAAGGGGGAACUGUAUAAUAACGUGCUUAAUGCUGUGUGGGAGAGGAGGGAGAGAGGAGAGCUCUGCUAUUUCUGGUUUCUCCCCUGCUGGGCCCAGCAGCCCACCUGCCACAGGGACAUCCCUGCUGCAGUUUGUCUGGGCUUUUUCCUUUAGCAUGAUUGAUUGGUUGAGUUUAUUUGUUUGCUGCUUUUCUGCAGUGAACUGAGCCCAAAGCGGCCUACAGUAUACCAGAUAUACUGAAAUAAAGAGCAUGUCAGUAAAAACCCCAAAAUGACAAUAGUCCCCAGCAAUUCGGCAAAUGCAGAAUAAUUUCAAUAUUAACCCCCCCCCCAAAAAAUACCUAGGCUUAUUAAGUACACAAAUACAAAACAGAAAUGGAAGUUUACUGGCAAUAAAGUUUCUUACUGCUCUUCCAAGAAGCCUGGCUUAAUGCAGUUUGGAGGUGAGGGGCAGAUGGCAUUCAGCUGGCUCCCACAACCUUACUCCAGAGGAGGCUGGCAGCAGCAAAAGCCAAAUGUCAGGGAGGGCAGUGAUGGCAGGUCUCUCCCCCGGCUUCCUGGAAGUACCAGUUGCUGGUGCAGGUCUUCCUGCAGGAUUCCAGCCUAUUGCCACUCAUUUUGAAAGAGAGAGAGAGAGAGAGAGACUACUAAGUCCCUCCCCCCUCCUGUACCUGAGCACCCCAAGAAAAGCCACCAGGGCCACAGCACAAGCUUCUUGGGCCCAUUGUGACCCCGUUCUCCUCCUCUCCCCCUUCUUCCCCCAGCUGAGCAGGGAGGCUUGGAAUUCCCCUUUUGCCAUUCAGUGGCACUCCUUCAAACCAACCUUUCAUUUUGUUUUUGUUUUUGUUUUGUUGCUGUUUAUAAACUUGAACUACUUUUUACCUUUAAAAACUUUUUUUAAAAUUUCUAAAUAGGAAAACAACCAAAAAAAGGGGUGGGGUGGAGGGGGACCCAUCAACGCCCCCUCCCACCCCCCACCCAUCACUGCGCUGCCACCGCCCCUUGCCCUCUUCCUCAGGCUUUGACAUGGCAGGAGGGGAAGAGGGUGGGGGUGGCAGCUGAAGUCUGACGCGGAUAUUUUUGUAUCUCAGGUGAUACCAGUCCAAAGCGAUGCUCCACCUUGUGGCAGCAACCUGAGGGGUUUCUCUGGGUUCUCUGUGCGCCCUUUGCGCCGCACGCAGAAGCUCAGGGAUAUGUAUUUAAACUGGACCCAGGGAAACCCCCCUGCUGCCCCUGCCCCAGCAGGAGGGGGCUCUCUUUGCCCAGGCCUGCUUGGGGCCUUGGCGCCCCCCUGGCAUCGCCUGGGGAAGGAGCCCCUGUCUGGACUUGAACCCGCCCCGCUCGGGGCACCCAUUGACCUCAACUGAGCCGCCUUUGCGAUAGAUGCAUUCUUUCUUUCUUUCUUUCUUAAGUAUGAAAAUGUUUUGUACUAGUUUGUUGAUAACAUUAUUGACUCAGUUUCCAUAACAAAACUACCUCUUGUGUGGACAUCCUGUUUAUCAUCUCAAAGGGAUUGUGCGGAGGGGAAAGAAACAAAAAGAAAUCCCUCCCCCAACUUUGGAAAAAACCUAAAAUAACCCUGCUUCCUCUUUGUACAUGUUUCUGAGUGGAGAUGCAACAGGGUUGUUUUUUUUGGGGGGGGGGGGAGAUUCUGCUUUGUCAACUUCUCCAGAGAUUCUCCAUUCCUCAGUGCUGCUGCAGGAGAAUUCUUUGCCCCCUCCCUCCCUCCCCCCUUGGGGCUGCGUCAGAAGGAGGUAGCAGGAUGCAGGGGGGGUGAAUGAAGGGAAGGGACACCUGGAAUCUUGAGCAGAGUUGUUAGAGAAGAGGCCAUGCGGUGUCCCCAGACGCAAGACCACCCUGCCCUCUGUAGCAGCACGUGGAGAGGGGCUGCUCUUGCCAGCCUGAGCCCAAGGCUGCAGGCCCCCCUCCCACCCUACACGCGCCCAUGGCUCCUGCCACCUCCUUCUGCCCACCCUGCUGACUUUUAGACCUGCAUCUCCAUGCCCCCGCCAUGGGCGUCCUGGGACUCUCCCAGCCGGAGGGAGGAAGGGAGGGGCAGCAAUGCCUUGACCAAACAGCCCGCAGCGCGUUCCCCCUACAAUCCCGUGUAAUAAAUCAGGGAAGCAGGGUGUCACUGCAACAUAACAAAUAGUGAAUGUUUAGCUGUUAUGUUUCAACCUGCCUGGAGCUGGAGCACCUGCACUGCUGGGAAGCCACUCGCCCGGUGGUGCCUCCUGCCUCAGGAGGUGUUGACAACAACAGUGUUCUGACCGGGUGUAGUUUUGGCCGUGGGGCCGGCGCCCCUCGCUUUCGCCCAGCAGCCUCGGCUCCAAAGUUCUACUCUGUGACUUGACUACCUGUGGAAAUGUGACCAAUAAGUGUUAAACGCAUGUUUAGCAAGUGUUAGAUCUUUGAACUAAUAAAUGUGAAAUGGUUCUGCA